CUAAGGCAUUAUCUUAUUUUUUAGGGUUUGCUUUAUAAAACCCAUUUGCAACCCUACCGUUGGUUGAUGAAAGCAGCAAAGUCACUGUGUUAAAGAGAAACGGCGCCUCCGCCCAACAACAAUGGUUCACGUCUCCUUUUACCGCAACUAUGGGAAGACAUUUAAGAAGCCUCGUCGUCCUUAUGAAAAGGAACGAUUGGAUGCUGAGUUGAGGCUGGUGGGAGAGUACGGGCUGCGAUGCAAGAGGGAACUCUGGAGAGUUCAGUAUGCUUUAAGCCGAAUCAGAAAUGCUGCUAGGGAUCUAUUGACCCUCGAUGAGAAGAACCCGCGUCGGAUCUUUGAGGGUGAAGCUCUUCUUCGCAGGAUGAAUCGAUACGGACUCUUGGAUGAGAGCCAGAACAAGCUUGAUUAUGUAUUGGCGUUGACGGUGGAGAACUUCCUCGAACGUCGUCUUCAAACUCUUGUGUUCAAGACUGGUAUGGCUAAAUCUAUCCACCAUGCCCGAGUUCUCAUCAGGCAGAGGCAUAUCAGGGUUGGAAGGCAGGUAGUCAACAUUCCAUCAUUCAUGGUGAGGGUUGAUUCACAAAAGCACAUUGAUUUCUCGCUGACUAGUCCGUUUGGCGGUGGACGUCCCGGAAGAGUGAAGAGAAAGAACCAAAGGGCAGCUGCCAAGAAGGCUGCUGGUGGAGAUGGAGAUGAAGAAGAUGAAGAGUAAGGUGAUUGGGGUUUUUGAUCUUUUUUUACUUUUACAUGAUUUAGAAAAAUGAUGUCUUGGUGUUUAUUUUGGAUUGAUAAUAUUUUUGGACAUUUUUAGAAUUUUGUUUAGUUUCCAAGAAAA